GCUAGACGAAGGGAAACUGCUGAACCUUGGCCUGUAGAGAGAGUUGUGUUUGACGUGUUGAGGCGAGAAGUCCUCAGGUCAUAUUCUGUGGCAGAUGUCGUCAGUACAAGAAUUAACUGCAUUGUCAUGCUCACAGAUCCUCAACAUAUGUUGUCCCUGCAGUCUCUGAUCAUCAACACUCUUCACCGCUCGUACAUACCGGUCUUCCUAGUUUUGGUAAAGGAAGCUGAAGACUUGUUGGCCCCCAACUAUCACACGGUCCGGGUGAUGGAGCAAGUGAGACGAGACAAUUGUAACUUGUACAUCAUCUUGCUGGCUAAUGGCAGACAGGCUGUCAGGUUGCUGCGGUUUGGAGACAAGUACCGUUUAAUAGAUACAAGAGCAAGAUUUAUACUUCCCCAUGAUGAUCACUUGUUUGAUCCAUCUCUGUCCUAUCUAUGGAACAAGAUUGUCAAUAUUGUGUUCAUCAGAAGAGUGUCGGACAGCUCGGAAUAUGAACUAAGCACUGUUCCUUUCCCAGCACAAAUCAACGGAACAAUCAAACUCCAUGUGAUCAACAUUUGGCAGAAUGGAUAUUUUAGGAAAGCAAGGAUGACACAUUUUCCAGAGAAGACAAGAGAUUUACAAAACUACGAGAUAAGUGUGGUGACUUUCCCACACAUACCUGCCGCUGUUAAGAGAUCCGUCAUCGAUAAAUAUGAAGGGGAGCAGUUUUAUUACACUGGUCUUGAAAUAGAAAUUAUGAAGAGCAUGUCACAAGCUAUGAAGUUUCAGCCUAUUUUGUAUGAAGUUGGUAGAAAUGAAGAGUGGGGCAUGCGUCAAGUGAAUGGAUCUUACUCUGGACUAUUUGGUGAACUGAUGAGUGGGCGAGCACAGAUCGCUCUUGGCAACCUACAGCACACCCUGUACAGCCUGAAGUUAGUAGAUCUCAGCCGACCUUACAUGACACAAUGUCUCACAUUCCUAACACCUGCUUCACGGACGGACAACAAGUGGAAAACCCUGGUCUUGCCCUUUCUAUUGAAUGUUUGGUUGGCAAUCAUGCUCACUCUAUUUCUUGGAGGAUUUAUCUUCUACAUUCUUGCCCGCUACCAUCGUCAUCUGGAGAAAUCCUUUUACAAAAGCACAAAAAAUAGAUCAUGGAUUAACAAAAUAAGCUUUGGAAGAUUUCCUUACAAGAAAAACAGAAUUAAGAAAAUAGACGAAGAAAAGGGACUGCCAUUGAGGACCUUGGUAAAUAAUUACAUCCCUGAGAAGACUCAAGGGCUGCACAUAUUUGAGGAGCUGCAGAACAGCGUGUUGUAUACUUACGGGAUGUUGGUGUCUGUAUCCCUUCCGAAAGUUCCUACGGGCUGGGCUUUACGUAUGAUGACCGGAUGGUGGUGGUUCUACUGUCUUCUGAUGGUGGUCAGCUACCGGGCGAGUCUUACAGCCAUCUUGGCCAAACCUGAACCUAUAGUUACCAUCGACUCGAUCAACGAGCUGGUGAACAGCCCAGUUAGAUGCGGCGGCUGGGGCGAACCUGAGAAGCUGUUUUUCACUACAUCCUUCGACCCUGACAUUCACAAGAUCGGACUCAAGUUUGAGACCUUGACUGACGUGGAACAAGCCAUCAACAGAGUUGCGUCUGGUUCCUUCACUUACUACCAGAACAUCUAUCUGUUGCAACAUGCUGCAAUGAAACACUUAUCACGCAGCAACGAAACAGAUCAAACCCAAAGUGGAGAGGAGACCAGCAAGCACAAUCUACACAUUAUGUCAGAUUGUGUAAUUUCAAUGCCGAUCAGCAUUGGACUUGAGAAAAACUCACCACUGAAACCUCGCAUUGACGAAUUUAUUCAACGUGUUGUUGAAGCGGGGCUCAUACACAAAUGGCUCGGUGAUGUCAUGGACGAAGUCCGUCGGAGGAAUUUCAUCUCCAAUACAGAGCAGGUCAAAGCUCUGAUGGACAUGAGGAAGUUUUCUGGAGCUUUGGUGGCUCUGGGUGUGGGCUACAUUAUUUGUAUUCUCGCUCUUAUUGCGGAAAACUUGUAUUGGCAUUUAGUCGUCAGCAAACACCCUCUGUUUGACAAAUAUUCCAUGGCACAGUUUUAUUUUUGUAACAAAUAAAAUUA